AGUUGGAGCAGAGUGAGAGAGAGAGAGCGCGAGCGAGAGAGACGCCGAGCAACAGCAGCACUCACACACUCACAGAGCAGCAGCAGCAGCGGGAGGUAGUUUACACCUGUGCGCCGCCGGAACCACUUCAACAGGAUUUUUCCUUUUUUUUUUAAAUUCACUUAACAGAGUCCGCGUUUAAGGCGCAGUGUGGGACACUUGCAUCGAAAGGCUGUGUCGGAGCCCUGUUUUGUCCUGCAGACACACAAGUUAUUUUUUGUCUGAGACACAGACGGACGGUGGUUCCAGCAGGAGCAGCGGAGUCAACCAUGGCGAGACAUGACGCCCGAAACUGGAUCGGACUGUUCUGCCUGGUGUCGUCGAUUCUCACAGACCACGGAGUGAUGGGUCAGCGAGUGAAGGUGGAGCCAGAGGUUUUGUCGUACCCUGGCCAGACUGUGAACCUACGCUGUGCCUUCACUGAUGCCACUGGGAUUCAACUCACAAUGGUCACAUGGAUCUAUGAGCCGAAGGAAGGAGAAAGGAUCAACAUCGCUGUGUUGCACCCCAGCUUUGAACCCAACUACCCUCUCUCACCAAUGAAGGGCAGAGUCAGCUUCUCACCCAGUCCCCCAGACGUGGCCAGCCCUUCCAUCCAGAUAAGCGAUGUUAGGAUGACCGAUGAGGGGAAGUAUGUCUGCGAAUAUGCUACCUACCCAAUUGGCAAUGAGCAGGGCAUCACCAAUCUUAUUAUGCUUGCUAAGCCUCAGAACUCGGCCUCCGUCGUAACAGUGGAAGCAGGCACUAAGCCGGUCGUUGUAGCACGCUGUGAGUCCAUGGACGGCCGCCCUGCUGCCAAGAUCUCCUGGGUGACCGCAGCCACUGGUAAUGGAACAGUGGUGUCAAAGACUAGUAAUGACAACACUGUGACGGUGAGCGGAGAGUACCGCAUGAUUCCCACUCCAGCAGACAACGGGAAAGACAUCAGCUGCGUGGUGGCACACAGGACCCAGGCCAAACCCGAAAGCUUCCCAUUGAAACUAGCAGUUCAAUAUGCCCCUCAGGUGACAAUAGUGGGUUAUGACAAUAAUUGGUACGUGGGUCGUACAAAUGUGGUGCUCACUUGCCAAGCUACUGGAAACCCUGUCCCAAUUUCUAUCCUAUGGAACACAAUGUCAGGAGUGAUGCCAGACACGGUGCAGAUCAAAGGCAACGAGCUGAAGGUACUGAAGGUGGACGAGGCUGUCAACACCACUUUUGUUUGUGAGGUCAAGAACCGCAUUGGGACCACCAGGGAUCAGGUCACAGCCAUAGUCAGAGAGCCCUCAGUGAACCCAUCCAAUGCUGGUGUGGUGGCGGGAGCUGUGAUUGGCUCCCUGCUGGCCCUCCUUUUGGUCGCCGCCCUCAUCUGCGUCCUUGUCACCCGUAGCCGCAGGCAACAGCAGGGUUACCGCGCCAAUGGCGGCAGUGACAUGAAGACGCGCAUAUUUGGCGGUGGCAAGAAGGCGAGCAAGAAUGGCACAAGUGGAGGUGCAGGGAGUGGAGGAGUUGGAGGCGGCAACAACAAUGGGCCCAUCUAUGUUUACGACGAGAGCUCAUCCCACCAGGGUAUUGGAGAGAAAAACAACCAUCACCAGCCGCUCACCAUGGGAGGUCGGCCUGAAGUUGUCACCACUACUCCCACUGCCCAAGACAUCCUGUUAAGCAGUGAGUUAGAUGAGGCAGAGAGGAGGAAGUUUGAUGAGCUGGAGGAGGAGGAGAGGUAUGACCACUUUGGUGGAGGUGGCCCCAUCCUUCAGCUUCGCCCACACAAUGACCAGGAGGAUAUGAUUGGAGACUAUGAUGAUGACAUGGAGUCCCAUCGGGACGGCUCUGUCAUCUCACGAACUGAAGUGUAUGUAUAAAGGAGGAGAAGACCGAAAGAGGAGAAAAAGGAGUGAAAGGGGAACCCUCCCAAGGAUUAUGUGAUUUCAGAAGAGAAAAUUAUACCACUUUUAUUUUUAAGAUAUUGAUUUUAAAUAUAGCCCCUUAUUAAUCACAGUGCAGCCCCAAAAUGAACUGAAUGAACAGAAGGGUGAGGUGGGAUACGCUGGUCCCCAAGAGUGGAAAAUCAGAAAAGAAACAACCUCUCUCUCUCACCACUUCUGUUCAUGCUAUCGCUGUCACCAGGACCCAUGACGAGGACUCUUGACAGACUAAAAGAGAGAAACAAUGUAGUGUAGAAGAGAGGAAAUGGAAUCAUGAUACAAACUUGGCUAUAAAGGAGGCGAUGCACAUGCAUAUUCACACUUAUUCACCAAAACCUUAGAAGUGGAUGAGGCUGUCGAGCAGUUUUGUUUAGCCUGUUAUUCUUAAUUCUCUGGUGGGAAACGUCUUGUUUGCACUGUGCUCUGACAGCUGGUAAGUAGUUAGUGUAUAAUGGAGUAUGGGGGAUUCUAAAGGUAUAGACGGUAACCAGCAGCAGAUUUAGAGAAGAGAAACUUUUACUUUUCUCACGUCUGCUGGCAAGUUCUCCUUUCCACUCUCUCUGCCUGUCUCUCUAACUUAAAAAAAACAAAAAAAAACAAAACAUCUUCACAGGCCGCAGUAGACACUUGAAUUUACUCAACUUAAAUUGAAUAUUUGGUCCUUAUUUACUGUACAAAUGCUGCACAGCUCAUUUUAACCAAGUAAGUUUGUGGAGUUUGAACCGUUUUCUUCAGGUACUUUGCUGCAAAUUUUGAUGCUGUGCCUGGAGGUAAGAGACGGUAAACAAGAGAGGAGAGAAUGAGAUGUAGUCAAUGUGACGGGGUCGAGGGAUGGAGAGAGCAAUGCAGGAGAACUAGAGAAGAGCAUGUCUCUUCUUCUCUCUUCCUCUUCAUCCCAGUCUCUUCAGAGCGCUCCUGACAGGAGGAGCUUGAGUGGUAAUGAGCCGUGAAGUUGCUCGCUUAGCCAAGACCCACAGAUUGCCACCACUUAUUGUUUAAGAUGUGGCAACCCCCCCCCACCACCACCACCACCACCACCACCACUAUCUCUCUCUCUUGCUCUCUCUCUCUCUCUUCAUCCCUCACUCCCAGUGUUUAUGGGGAGUUCAUGAUUUAUCCCAGGCAGUGUUGAGGUCAGGGCCACAGAGACCAGGCAAGUAUUUUACUGCUCCUGAUAUGUCAAACGCCCCACUUACUCUAUUCCUGCCCAGCUUGCCCUGACAUGCCAGGACUGAAUAAGUCACCUGGAGCGGCCAUGUUCUCUCCAGCACACGGUCACUCCACCACCAACUCCUAUACUGAAGGGGAAUGACUGGUUUAGACUGAACUUCACCUCAAAACCAGCGUUUGGAUCGAUCCAUAUUCAGUGAGAUCAUAUAAUAUUUCAUUCCAUUAGCGGAUGUUUUUAAAUGUUGCAAAUUGAUUGUUGCGUCCACAGUUAAGCAAUGGGAGGCAUAUUGACUAACUGGCAACAUGCAGUGAAACGGCCCUUUAUGAUGCAGCUUCAGGGCUGAUGGUCCCCUGACUGUGAAUUUAUCCUCAUAACGAGCCACCAGAGGCCAACUCAAAGACAGUAUUCCAUGGCAGCUGUACACUGCUGUCUGUGUGCAUAUGUCAUUGUAUCUACGCAGUCACUGGAUGACUGUGAUGGACAAUCUUAGAAGAAGAAGCUCGAUUCUAGCGUCUCUAAUCAUGCUUUUUCUGAACUUUUAAUCAUCUACCCUUUGAUCCACUGAGAAUGUGGGGAGCAUGGUCUGGAGAUGAGUUCACUGACCUUUUAGUAGCCUCUGCAAAGAUCUGGGAUGUUCAGCUUGCUGCAGGUCGUGGCGUCAAAUGCAGGGUGACCCACUGCCAACAGCAAGGAUGACUGCAUUCCUUACCGUGACUGUUUUUACCCUUGAACUAUAGAUGUGGGACACUCGCGUACAAGUAUUCAUAUAGAAUCAGACAGCUCUUGUUUGCCAUUAUUGUGGUGUCUGUUAACCUUCAGAGAGGUGGAGAGAGAAAAAGAGAGCAACACAGUAGGCAGAUGACAAGAAUAGAGGCGGUGUUUUAUGUUGGAGCACCGUCUGGCAUAUUGUAAGGCGGCGUGUUCAAUAGGAUUAUUGUGUAAUGGGCCUUAGUUUAUUCAUAAAUGCAACUCCUGUCAAAGCCGAGUAAAGUACAUUUACUCAAAACAGCUGAUUUGUCACAACCACUCAAAAUAAAGAUUCAUCACUUAUUUUUGCACUUGUGUGUGUGUCACCACUACAAAGCAAACUAUGAGUGUAAUAUUUGUUUCAUGGGGUUAAAAAAAAAAAAAAUAGCAUUAAGAGACAAAACUGCUUUAUGUACAUUUUGGUGUGAGGUAUCCGUGGACUAUAUAUGUAAGCCUUUUUAUUUUUAUUGUGAAAAUGUGGAUAUUUAUGAAAAUGUAAAUAUCAGAUAAUCAGUGGAGGUAGUGUUGUGGUAAUAAACAUGAAGGAGUUCUGGGUUGGCUAACCCUAAAGUUCAGAGGGCAUUUAGAAUGUAAUUAAAUGAAUACCAUGGUUGUUUGGUUUACUGAACGAACUGAGCCUAGUUUACCUGAAGCCUAACCGUUUUUGUUAAUGUUAGCAUUGCCUGCAGUUCCACAUAAUAAGCACACAGUAUUUUAUUUUUUGCACAAUUGGCUUAUUCUCCUCCUUGACAGACGUGCUGCACAAUGCAAAAAUACACACAAUGCACACUGUAUAAUUUAUCAGGUAGACUGUAACUACACAAGAGAUUCUCUGUGUUGUUUGCUUAGUGUGAGAAUAUAAUUGUCAGUGUGUGUUUUCAUGAUGCUUUGAGCCUUUGGGACAUUCCUUCCCAUCAUGGGGGCUAUAACCCAAGUAGCCACCUUUUGUCACCACAGAAAACUGGCAAAUGAAAGAUAUUAUUGUGCAUUUCUGAGGCGUACACCCAUACUGUACAUAUACAUACACAGAAUGCAGAGAAACAUUCUCCCACACACAAACACCCCUCAGUCACUCUCAUUAUGCUCACUCCCACAGCCAAACUGUGCAGAAGACACCUCAUACCUGACAACUCUGCCAUCUCCUGACACAAGCCCACACAAAUUCAUUUGCACAGCCAUGCACACACACACACACACACACACACACACACAGACACAGACAACUUUUUUUCCCUCCUCUUGCUCAGUUGCUCCAUCAGGACAUAUACUGUGUCUUGCUCGACUGUAAAGAGUCGCAGCAUGACGUGUCCCCUUGCUCCACUGCUUUCCAUCCCCCAAAAUGUCCAGCUGGUUCCCAAACCAGCUUGGACAGGUAUAUGUUCAUACAUGUGCACUUUCACCUAGUGUCAGAGGAAUAGACUGUUCCACGUUUGUUCUACAUGGGACAGAAAGCUUUCAUAGCAAAGCCCCCCGCAGGACUUCUUUUAAUGCUUUUACAUCGUCACAACUUCCUACUCGUGUCUAAAAUGCUUUUCUCACUCCCACCUCUGACAAACACGCAUAAACGCACAUAUUUGCCACCACAAUACCCCAAUGCCCCAGGCAGGCUUGUCAGAUCAACAAAAUGCUUUCAGAGAAAUCAGCAAUGCUGUUCUAGGUCUAGCACAAGGUUAGAUAAAGAUGCCCAGUAUCGUUCUUCAGAAAUCUAUAUCCUAUUGCUAUUUCCCCAGCUUCACACAUGUAGUGAUAACUAAUCAAAGCCUUUAAAUCUCCAUCUCACUCAUAAAAGGACAAAAAAGAUAAAUCCUUACUGUGUACAUAGUAUAAAUGUAUAAAUAUGUAGCAGAGAAAAAAAUUACUAAUUUAUGGUGUCACAUUGGUGUAUUUCUCUGUGACAGCAAGCAUGAAGAAUUUAUUUUCUCCUAUUACAGUUUCUCCUUUCUGUUAUUUUGCAGUGCUUUAUAAUUUAUGUUUUCUGAGUGCUUUAUUCAUGACUGCUGCGCUGUGAUUGCUGCCAAAACUGGCAAAUGUGCUUCUUCUAUACAAAUGAACUGUUCACGCAACAAAAUGGUUUUGUCCCAAAAUGUGCUUUUUAUUGUUGACAGCUUUGUGUAAAAGUUCUUUCUUUUCUUUUUUUAUUUCCUUCGUUUUUGUAUUUUUUUUAUUUUAAAUUUAAAUUUUGUUCUUCGAGGAGUACGGAAUUACAGUUGUUGUCAAUAUUUUGUGUCGAGUCUUUCUAUAUUUUUCUUUCGCUAUUAAAGACUUCUUGAUUUUUGAAA